ACAACUUCUAAUAUAUAUAUAAAAAAACUCUAUCUUCUCUUUUUUUUUUUUUUGGUGUAUCUUCGUGCUCUUGAAUCUGUCACAAAUUCUUCAAGAACGAAUAGUAAUGGGAGGAGACAAGAGAUCACAAAGCAGCAAGAGGUUCUCUCUCUUUAGCUUCUUCAAAUCACGAAGAUCUCACAACAGAGUGGAAGUGGACGCCUCUUGCGACGACGUCGUUUACACUCGCAAAGCAAUGGCUAGUGAUGAAGACAAACGUCAUUGGGUCGCUGAACCAGGUAUCGACCGUAAAGCUUCUGCCUUUAUCGCCAAGUUUCAUGCCACUCGUGUCUCUGAGUCCGAGCGUCAGACAGUCUCUCCUUAUCGAUCCGACAAGGCAUGAUGAUGGAUUAAGGAUGAAUAUGAUAAUCAAUGACUGAUUCACUUCUCUGUAAAUUGUCUUUCUCUUUUUCUAUGUCCUUGUUAUAAUUCGUUGAUUGUGUCCUAAAAUGAAGCUUCUCAUUCUUUUGCUCUUUUCUCAUCUUCUAGCUAGUUCUAUCAUAUGGGGUGUUUUUUGGUUGUGAUUCUGUCGGUUAAUAACUCAAAGUCAUCAGAUUCGUCUGUGUAUAGUUCCUGCUCGUUGUAAAAUCGUCAUAAUUUAAAAUGAAUAGAAGAGAAUAAAGAUUACUGAAUCCUCGUAAA